GCGCAGUACGUUGUUUACUUCCGAGGUCAGGCGCACACGUGAAAUUCCCGCUCUGUUUUCGGAGUAGUGUGGUGGAGUGGGGUGUCGCUGGUGGUGCUCUGAUUGUGAUCGUUUUCCAGAGAUCCUGUCGGCUGGAAGUUUAUUUAUUUCAUAGUCUGCCCCGUUGAGUGAGGUACUUUUUGCUCUCAGGGCUGCAUAUUGCCAGUUUGAACUUUGCAAGUGACAUCUUGGUUGCAAUGGAUACCUUCAUUGGAUGUCUGCUCUGCAUUUAUCUACUGAGCCUCACCCAGAGGAGCCUUGGAGCUGCAUUUAAGGACUACUAUAAAGUUAUGGGCCUGGACAGAGAGGCUACAAAGAGAGAAAUCAAAGAAAGGUUCAAGAAGCUGGCCGUUCUGUACCACCCAGACAAGAACCACUCUCCAGAGGCAGAGGCGCGCUUCUACGAGGUUCAGCAAGCCUUCGAGGUUCUCUCGGAUCCAAUCCAGAGGGGCAUGUUUGAUAUCAACCUCGGGCUGGCGGAGCGCUACCCAGAGAUGGUGGAACGCCACAACGCGCGCGGCGGCCACCGCCGACGGAUGCCCGUCUUCAACAACCUCCGCGCCGUGCACGAGGCGGUGCCUGACGCGCAGCCCUCCUUCGACAGCGGGAACGUCGUCACCGGGUUCUACGUCGGCAUGGACCAGGUGUCUGGCUUCCAGCCGCCGCCGGACCGGAUACUGCGUCCUCGGGGCAGCCUGCGCCUCCCCGAGAGCGGCUGGGACACCGAGGACGGCUCCAUCACCUGCAGCACCUUCAAGGAGGAGGGCGUGGACGGCCGGGCUCACCUGCACACGCAGUGUAGUUAGUACGGCUGUGCUGUCGAUCGGAGAUCGUCUCCGCGCUCCGCGGUGCUGUGCCACUCGUGUUGUUCAGCCGGCUGUGAAUGCCCAGAACUUGUGGAUGCUUUCAGGGACUGUGGGUGUGGGAAGGGCUGUUGCGGUCUGAACCGGUGGAUUCUUUCAGGGAGGCGGGAGGUGGACUCUUGCGGGGAAUGUGGGAACUCUGCUGGGCGCACAGCCGCGGGUCAGACAAGUGUACAAAUGUCCUCUCAUGACGGGUCAGAGCUCUAUGUAUAGCUAUAGGUAGGUUAUAGCUGUGUGGUAGCCGUGAGCCCGCUCUAACUGCUACGGUUUUUGUAACUGUGGUCCGCGCCGACUGACGCACCGAGCUUUGACAUACUCUUAUCGGACAUUAUUAAAGACAACCUGCUACCGAGUAGUUCCUUGUAGAAUGUUUAUUAGCUAUUUGUUUAGCAACACACUAGACCCGAAGCUGCAAGAAGGCGGUCUGUUGCCUGUAACCUGCGUGGUAGCCGUUCCCUAUCCCGUUUCUGACUUCAGUGAGCGAUUUAGAGACGUUUUGAACUAAGCUGCCAGCUGCCGGGGGUAUGUUGUUUUCAGCGGAUAUUGUAUAGUCUUUCUCCCGCGCGCUGCGCUCCUGUGCCAUGUGAAGCGUGCUGUCGAAUACCUCUGAUGCCGGCCAGAGUUUUACUUAAUGACGGCGGCCAGUCUUUCGUAAAAUAUAUUCGGUUUGUUCUACUGUA